UCGACGUCAUCCCAGGACCCUUUGGCCCUUACAAGUCGCUCGUAUGAAACGUCCCACGCUCUGGGAAGCUGCGGACGGGAAGCAUAGGAGGUAGCAGAAAUUCCUUGAUGUGAUGUAAGCCAAAACGCCUUUGGACUUGUAGGUCGCUAAAGUCGCCGUUGCACGGGAGGAACACAAGCAUUCCCCCGUGUCCACAACCCCAGAAACACUUUACAUUUUAGUAAGAGGCUAGGCACACCAGGAAGACAGAUGAGCGCCGCAGCCGCCUUUCUUCCUAGGCGUGUGAAGGCCCUGAAAACCAAGAAAGGAUUGAAAGGGUCCAUCGAUGACGUCCUCGGCGACCUCCUGGGAGAUGACACGACACUGCUUGAGAAGCCUGUUGAGCCAGCCUCACACGCCAGAGGCACAGCAAGCGCACCUCUGUGGCCCCCUUCCAAGGCUAAAGCGAGGUCCCUCCCAAAAGACAGUGUUGACGGGCUGGUGGGAGCCGAUGCUGAGGUCUCCAGUAUCUCGGAUGCAGACCCACAGGUCUUCUUGCAGAACAUGAAGGACCUGGAUAGCAUGGAUGAUGAUCUCUUUGGUCAAAUGAAGUCUCAUCUACCCUCUGGCAAAGGAACCGCAAAGGGUUCCGGGAAAGAAGUGCCUGGCAAUGCCAAGCCUGCUGGCACACUAACAGCUCAUGAGAAAGGGGACACCAUUCCCACUAAGAAGUCACCUCCCCCUUCCAGCAACUUUGGGCUUCAGUACAAGAAGUUUUCCUUUGAAGACUUUGAAGACCCACUGGCGGGACUUCUCUCUGAUGAGGAGGAAGAAACAGCCAAGAAGCCACCCACAAUGGAGAGCAAGCCUGCUUCCAAGGGCCCCAGUACAGCUGCAGGCCACCAAGGGCCUUCUAUUCCUCUGACUCCUGGGGAUACUCCCAUUCGGAAGAAAGAAUUGCUGUUUGACGAAGGGGAUGACAUCAUGACCACCCUUGGGUUUGAAGACAGCCCCAAGGCAGAGAAGAAGAAGACCGGAGACCAGGAAGGGCCCCUCCCCGCUCGCUCCAAGCUUGACGAACUGCUGGGUCGAGGCACAGCGGCCAAGCUCCUUAAUCGCCAAGGCACUGGAGAACGCAGAGAGUUCAAGCUAGACAAGAAGUAUCAGAAGCCAGAGGACAAAGAAGACAGCUGGGAUGACGAGACCCUCACCUUUGGGGCUUACCAGCCCACUGUAGCCUCCUCUGAGGGCAGACAGUCCCGCCGGCAGUCAGUCAGGUUCUUGGGAGAAGGUAGUUUGGACCUUAAGGGAGACGCCAGCUUCAGACAGAGCCCUCCAAGAGCUUCCAGCCCCACCCACCCCAGGAAAGGAGGAGCCGACUGGCUAGGCCUUAAGGAUGAUGACCUGCACCUGCCGUCUCCCUCUCCUGUUCAAAAGGUUCAACAAGAAGACUCAGCCAUCUCCACACCCUCUUUACCCCCUCCUACAAACCAGCCCUCAGCCCCUGAGCCACACCCUGCCCCAGCUGAACUGCCCUCAGCAGCCAAGCCAGCAGCCAAGGGUAUGAGGCCCUCUACCAAAGCCAGCCAGGCCUCACUGAAAGCCUCUGAGGAGAAAGAGGAUGACUGGCUGAGCCAUGUCAUAUCUCAGAAGAAAUCCCACGGUCUAGCCAGAGAGGAGCAUGCUGGGCCCUCUAAGGGCCUGAACUCACAGGGACCAUUGGGUCAGACCCCUUCCAACAGCCAGCCUGUUGCUAGCACUCAGGCCCUUGAACAGGCCACUGCUGGAGAAGCCUCAAGAGCAACUCCCCAAGGGACCACAGCUGUCAGGCCUGGCGUCACAGGGUCCUCCAUGAGUUGGAGCCAAGCUACUACUGUCCUCCCUGUAGGGGACCCCAAGGCAGGAGCGGCUUCUGCCUCUGGGGACUUCUCUAGCAGAGAGCCUGCCAUUUAUGUUCCACAUUCCCAGGGACCCACGGGGCUCUCUGUGCCAGUCCAGCCCCUACUCCCAGAGUCUGUGGUACAGAGCCUGCUGCCAGGCUCGGGGUACCAGAAGCAGCUCCUGGCCGCUCAAGGGCAGCUUCACAGCAGCACUGCCCAGCUUCAGGCAGAGCUGCUGCAGAGCCAGACCAAGCUAUCGGAGCUGGAGGCCCAGGUGCGGAAGUUGGAGCUGGAGCGGAGCCAGCACAGAGUGCUGCUGGAGAGUUUGCAGCAGCGGCACCAGGCUGACCUGGAGCUCAUUGAAGAUGCGCACAGAAGCCGUAUCAAGGUGCUAGAAGCAUCCUACCAGCAGCGGGAGGAGCAGCUCCGCAGAGAGAAGGAGGCGCUGUCAGCUCAGCAUGCGUCAUACUGCCGGGAAGCUGAGCAGGCCAGGGCUGAGCUCAUAGCCCAGCACCAGCGGCAUUUGGCCACGGCUGCACAGGAGAAGGACCAGGAGGUGGCCCGGCUUCGGGAGCUGCAGCAGGCAUCCAUCCUGGAGAUGCGCAAGGACCAUGAGCACCAACUACAGAGGUUGAAGAUGCUGAAGGAUCAGGAGAUCGAUGCCGUCACCAGUGCCACCUCCCAUACUCGGUCCCUGAAUGGCAUCAUUGAGCAGAUGGAGAGAUUUUCCAGCAGCUUGACUGUGCUGUCCUCCCGUGUGGAGGCCUCACACUUCUCCACCUCACAGGAGCGAGAACUGGGCAUCCGGCAGCAAGACGAGCAGUUGCGAGCUCUGCAGGAGCGACUGGGCCGGCAGCAGCGAGACAUGGAGGAAGAGCGUGGCCGGCUCCAGGAGAUCAUUGGGAAGAUGGAGGUGCGCCUGAGUGAACAGAGCCGGCUCCUGGAACAGGAACGCUGGCAGGUGGCCGCUGAAAAGUCCAAGGCAGAGUCUGCCCAGCGCACCCUGGAGGAGCAGAGGAAGCUCAUGGUCCAGCAGAUCUCCAUGGAGAGGGAAGAGCUGGAGAGAGCCAAGAGCGCCUUGCUGGAGGAGCAGAAGUCAGUCAUGAACAAGUGUGGGGAGGAGCGCCGGCGCCUGGCAGCGGAGUGGGCCGAGUACUUCACACAGCAGAAGCUGAGUAAGGAACGGGCCGAGCGCGAGGCUGAGAGGGCGCUGCAUGCGGACUCCCAACGGGAGGGCACCAUCAUCAGCCUGACCAAGGAGCAGGCAGAGCUGACUGUCAGGGCCUGCGAGCUCCGGGCCAAGGAGGAGAAGUUGGCUGCUGAGAGGGAGGCUUUGGAGAGAGAGCGCCAGGAGCUCCGCCUGGAGAAGGACAGGCUACACACAGCCAGCCUGCACCUCCAGGCCCGCGUGCAGGAGGUGGAGCACAUGAGCAAGGUGGCCUCCAAGAAGUAUGAGGAGGGUGAGCAGGCCCUGCAGGAGGCCCAGCAGAUGCAGUCUGAGCAGCAGGGCCGGCUGCAGGCCGUUCAGCGGCAACAGGAGUGGCUGCGGCAGCAGGAGCAGCGUAUGCACCAGGAGCAUCUGAGCCUGGCUCAGCAGAGACUGCGGCUGGACCGGGUGCGACAGGAAGUGCCUUCCAGCCUUCUCGGGCUGCCCUCCGCAGUGCAGGGCCCAGCAGCGGCCAGCCUGGACGCCGCCCAGGCCUCUGCUCCCAUCAGUCCUCAGUGCAGGCAGACGCCUGCUGCCCCGGGGGCCACACACCUCCUCGCCAAGCUAAUGCUGCUGAAGCACACAGCGGCACAGGAUCAUGACUUCUUAGAGAAUGAACAGUUCUUCCUGGAAACUCUGAAGAAAGCGCCCUACAAUAUGGCAUACCACUCUGCCUGAAAGUACCAGUGCCUCCUCAGCAAGCGUCAGGCCCACAAGCCCACUGCUGACAGCAACCCCCUCCAUGGACGGACACACUGCCCAGGGUCUGAUUACAACUUCUUGUGUGGACAGGCUGUCUGUGUGUUCUUCCCAGGGACUGUGACUUGCAGCUGAGAGGCAGGUGCCUUCCUCAAGGGAGCAAGGACAGCAAGAAAGUCUCACCACCAGUCGCCCACCCUUGUCCCCUAGUAAGGCCCCAUCUCACCCUUGCCUAGGGCAGCCACUGGAGCCCUUUAUGCCCGGGCUUGUCUCAGGGCAGCAGGGCGGGGCUGCACCAACAGCCUCUGCUUUCCCUGAGUAUGGUCCCCUCCCAGGUGGGAACGGGAG